AUGGAUGUGCGAGUAAAGCCUACUACGCUGGCAGAUUUAGACGAGGAACAUGUCCUCCAAGAAACUGUUCAGACGGAACUCAACAAAAUGUAUUUGCUGAAAGAGCCGGACGAAGUUGUUAUGUCCAACACCGUUGCAAUAAAAGCUACUGUCCAACAGUACGCGUCUGAGGUCGAUAAAGUGAUGGAACACGUCGCGAAAAUAUUUCUCAAAAGAUUCAAAAUGAAGACAAGUUUCUACGACAGAUAUGGAGAAACACACCGACUUGAUAUGUUACGACAGUUUGUGUGUUACUCAAGAUGUUAUAGAGAGCUUGCGCCGUAUCAAUUGGACAACGCCAAGGAGUUAUAUAUGAAAGUAUUUAAGAACUAUGAUUGCACUGAAGUAAAAUGUGUGAAUGGAGUCUGUUUUGUGUUAAAGUACAUGAUGUUGUUUGACUUACUACGGAGAAAUCGCGUUGUUGGUAAUGUGAGACUCUUCAGGUCGUUAUCCAAGUUCGUAUCUUCUGCUGACUUGGUCAAAGAAGUGCUCGAAAUGGUGUUUGAUUCAACAAAUGGCAUCUUUGAUGCUUUAAUCAACGUUGGGUAUAUCGUGAAAGAACGACAAUAUCCACAGUAUUGCACGCCAUAUACAUGCAAGAAUAUUUCGGACCUAAUGGCAACAGGAAUCGAACUCGGAGUGUUAGGAAACUACCUUUCUGGAGAGAGAAAAGACGUUGAAGUCGAUAUUGUCAAGAACCUCAAUAUGGCGCCAGACGCAAAGCAAACAAUCAAAAACCUCAAUGUCAUAGUAGGGAUGAUGACCAAACUGGGGAUGCCUUUUUCAAUCAAUGGAGUACAGUUUUUUGACUACAUGUUGUUCAGAAGAGAACCCAUCACACUCUCGUCCUUUCUAUUUCAGUUUCUUCUGACUUUCAAGAGUGUGUUGUGUGUCCCAAUUCAUGUUGUGUCAAACGAAAUUUCGAAGAUCUGCGGGAGCAAAAUAACAUUGAACACCACGAAAGGGAUGUUUGAGAAAUGGGCGAAUGCGAUUGCGUCUUACUAUGGGAAAACGUUUAGUAUAGCCGACUAUCAAUUGUACUUGCCAUAUCUCUACAUCCUCUGUUAUUACUUGAAAAUUGACGUUCCAAAGAUUAAACAGCACACUGAUACAGCAAAAACAAGAAAAGAAGUUGCCAAAGAGAUGAAAGAGAUGCUGGAAACACUUCACGCGCCAACGAAUUUGUUUUCGGAAGGUUCGGAUUUUGUUGGGAAUAACCAGUAUGUGACAUCUGUUCUCUCAUUCUUGUUCUUUUACACUCAGAAAUCCACACUUGUCGACUGCGCUGCGAAUUCGUUGAUAUCUGCUUUGAGACACUUUGUUGAGAGAAAGCGAAUGGAAGAGAGGAGGAAGAAGGUGUCUGCGAUAUUUGGGUGUGUGACUGUCAUGGAGGGGUGUAUCAAAACAAAGUACUUUGACGAAGUUGUGAAUGGAACAGUGCUUGUACAAAACUUGGGACAACAGCUUGUGUAUGAGGAAACUGUUUCAGCAACACAAGAUGUCCAGAGCUGUAUGAAGAAAACUUUAUUUGAAAGAAGGUUGAAAGGUGUCACAAACAACGUUGAAGAUACUCAAAGUGUAUUUAGAGAAGUGUUGUACACGCGAGAUUUUGAUGGCCUUUUACAAGCGAAUCAGAACGUUCAAGCCGUUGGUAAGGAAGGAAUUCAACACAGAAAAUAUUUGAAUGAAAAUUGGUGUUCGACUGAGGUCCAAAGUGUGUAUCGAAUGCUUUUAUGGAAGACCUUUUUGAAUGCAAUGAACGACAAUGCGACACAUGUCCAAACCAUUUCUCGGCGUAUGGGUGAUGCAAUUGACUUUGAGCGCAUCAUAAGAGCGAGUCAAUCGUUUCAAGCUGUUUUCCGAUCCAAUGAAGCAAAAAACAGUUUUGAAUUGGAAAAACAGAUUGCGACUGGUUUACAAUCAGUGAUAAGAAGAAAUUUGUUUUCACGUCACUUUGAGAAUGUCGUCUUUAACAUGAAACUGGUGCAAAGUGUAGCGAGAGAGGAAAAUGAAAAGAUGCGAUUUGAAGAAAUUGUCGAAGCGUCUGUUAACACAGCUAGUUCUAUGGGAAAACUGUUGCACUCGUCUGAUUUUAAGUUGAUGCGAAUUGUCACGCCUUAUGUGCAGAGUUCUUUGAGGGGCAAAACACUGAGUUAUGAUAUUGGAAGACUUGUAAAGGAAGUCAAAGAAGUCCAGAGUGUGUUGAGGAGAGUGUUGGUCAAAGACUUUUAUGAUGAGCAAAAUUUCUGUUCUGUUGAUUCACAAGCGAAUUGCAGGUGUGUUAUGGAGAACCACGACUAUUUGGAAAGCUCUUUAAGCCAAGUGUUUGCGUCUUCUGAAAUUAGACGAUUUGUUGCUGAGAGAAAGUACAACGCGAUUGUUGAAAGGAGUGCAUAUCUUCAAUUAGUCAUGCGUUCCGAGUGCCAAAAGGUUUCUUUCAGAGAUUUGUGUCUAUUUUCGGAGUACACUGAAGGUCUUUUUAGAGGCAUCUGCCACAAGAACGAGUUCAACGAGUUUGACAAUGCGAGUGGAGAAGUUUCGAGUGUUAUCAGAACGUUGGAAAUGAAGUUAUACUAUCAGUUACAACGGAAAAUGAGUGAAGCGAUCCAAAGUGUCAUAAGACGCAAUAGGUGGAGCAAUUCAUACAACACUGUCAUUCAUAAUGUUCUCGAGCCGCAGAACGCAUUAAAGAGUGUUGUGUACACUUGUUGGUUCAAAGAGGCAAUGACCGGGAUCAACUUUAUUCAACGACGCGGCAAAUAUUAUGACAUCGUAAAUAGUGUAGUUGAUGUUCAAAGCAUUAUUAGAGCCAUUUCUGUUGACAGUUUCAAUAAACGAUAUUCUAAUACCAAAAAUGUCGAAAAUGUUAUGCGAGGAACAACACUUUGCGAAAACUUUAAGAGUCAAUUGGAAGGUAUAAAGAACGCAUCGAAGUGCUCUAAAAGUGUUCUGUAUACACGAGAAUACAACGACAUUGUUUCAAGUAGUAAAAAUGUCCAAAGUGAGUGGAGGCGCGUUAUUCAUUCGCAGAGGUUCAAGGAGUUGGAAUGCUAUUCGUGUGAGGCGGAAGGCAUCUUGCGGGGUGUUUUAGUUCGCCAAGAAGUCACAAAGCCGUUAGAAGAGCAUUAUAUGAGGUGUAAAUACCUUCGUGAAGUUGAGAAAGAGUCGAAACCCGUUCAAGGCAUAUGUCGAGCUUUAAUUGUGAAAUAUGGAUUGGAUUUGGACGACGAAGUUCUUCAAUCGUUGUCAUACUCAUGUGAUUUGUAUCGUGUGAUGCACUCGGAGAAGAUGGAGCCACGAGAACCUAAAAGAAAGGUUUCCGAAAGCCCCACAAAGAUGUUACAAAGUCCAUCGCAACGGAUUCUGCCCCAAGAGAUUGUAGUGAAUUCGAUCUUUUUAAAUAAAACCACACGAAUGUCGUUUGGAGGGAAGGAGAGUAACAGUGGUAAGUUGUAUGAAUAUCUGAGAACGUCGAAGAGAAGCAUCUUAGAGAUUGCGUUUUCUAAUAUUCGGAUGAUCGAAAGGAGGCGACUUGAAGAAGUACAGAUUGGUACGAAACAACUAUACGAACAAAUUCGAAAGAGCGGAUGGUUCAGAGUGAUGUUUGUGAAGUACAAUUGUGUGAGACAUAUACUCGACUUAUUGAAAGCAUCAAAUAAGUCCCCACCAUUUUUGGAAAUGGUGGAGAAGGUGUGCGUCAUGUUACUCAUUCUGUUCAACGACAACGCUUCGUAUCAAGAGUUUAAAAAUGGAGACAUCGAGAACGUGGUAGAGGUUAUCGGAGAAAUAAUGAGGAAGUACACUGAAAUCAGAAUUCUUGCGGAAGCCACUAAACUGAUGAUGAGAAUUGCUACAAUGAAGCCACAUACAAAGGAAUUGAUGAAGGAACUCUGUGCAAGACUCACGAACAAAAUGAAAGAAAUUGAAACGAAAGAGAAGUUGGAAAUCAAACGAGGCAACGAACUCAGUAAGAUCACUAAAAAGGAAUUUAUCUAUGAGCCUGCGUCGUCGUAUUUAAAACAACUCAUCACAAAGGUGUUGGGGAAGCAAUAA